GUUAGUCAAGAGUGAAUUCUAGACCGAGUGAAUUGGAUUCGGCGUAGCGGUCACGAGCAUGUCCUGACAUCGAAGACAUCAGCAGAUAGUAGAUAAUAUCUGGUUAUAUUUCAACGCUUUAUUCUGGACUCUAACUGGGAAAACUCAAUGGGAUCACUCGGCCCAGCCCUCGCUCCUAAUCCUCAUGUAACGGGCACCAUUGCCGAUCCUCCACGACCGAGAUACACGAAAAUAACUCUGAAAUGGGCUUAUAUGUCUUUGCUGGACUACGAUAUAAUUGCGGCCUUCCGAGCAAUAGACCCUUGUCGCGAAGUAGGAACUCAAUCACGAGGACGCGUCAGUCACGGGAUCGUGUCAGAUCCAAUCAUAUCUUCAUUUUCAAAUUUCCUGAUCUAGCCCGAUCUCUUCUCCAGCAAUCUUCACGGAUCCCACGAUGAGCCAACACAUUGCGCUACUCUCUGUGUACGAUAAGACUGGCCUGCUCGAGUUCGCCCAGGGCCUGCAUGCCGCAGGCGUUCGACUGCUGGGGUCUGGUGGAACUGCGAAGAAGAUCCGGGAAGCAGGUAUUCCCAUUGAGGAUGUCUCCGACAUAACCAAAGCGCCAGAGAUGCUCGGUGGCCGCGUGAAGACGUUGCACCCCGCUGUGCAUGGUGGUAUCUUGGCACGUUCUAUUCCCUCAGACGAGAAAGAUCUCGCUGCCCAGGGUAUCGCGCCCAUUUCGAUCGUGGUGUGCAACCUGUACCCGUUCACGUCGACCAUUGCGCAACCGAACUGCACCCUUGCCGAUGCCGUGGAGGAGGUCGAUAUCGGGGGUGUCACGCUCCUCCGUGCGGCAGCGAAGAACCAUGCGCGCGUUUCGGUGAUCUCUGACCCGGCGGAUUACGCAGAGUUCCUCGAAGCGUGGAAGGCAGGAAGUGGCGAGGUCGGCCAGGCGAUCCGGAACAAGUUGUCGUUGAAGGCGUUUGAGAUGACUGCGACGUACGACGAGGCAAUCAGUGGGUAUUUCAGGGAGCAGUAUGCGUCAGCGGAGCUGCCUGCGGACAAGCUCUCUGGGCCCGUUCAGCGGAUGGCGCUCCGUUACGGCGCCAACCCUCACCAGAAACCGGCCCAGGCUUAUGUCACUCACGGCGCCCUGCCUUUCAAAGGCAUGUCUCCGGUUCUUUGCGGUUCUCCCGGAUACAUCAACCUGCUCGACGCCCUCAACUCGUACGCUCUUGUGAAGGAGCUGCAAGAGGCCUUGGGCCUGCCUGCCGCUGCAUCCUUCAAGCAUGUCUCCCCCGCAGGAGCUGCUGUCGGAAUUGCCCUUGACGAAACGGAGAAAAAGGUGUACGGUGUAGACGACCUCAAGGAGCCACUCACUCCGCUCGCCUGUGCCUACGCUCGUGCGCGGGGUGCUGACCGGAUGUCCUCGUUUGGGGACUUUAUUGGACUCAGCGCGCCGUGCGAUCUGGCGACGGCGAAGAUCAUCUCGCGAGAGGUGUCGGACGGAAUCAUCGCCCCGGGAUACACGCCCGAGGCAUUGGAAGUUUUGGCGAAGAAAAAGGCCGGAAAGUACUGCGUCCUCGAGAUCGAUCCGAACUACGUUCCCGACGAGAUUGAGACGAAGCAGGUGUACGGCGUGCACCUGCAGCAGCGCCGCAACAAUGCCAAGAUUGAUGCUUCGCUUUUCUCGAACAUUGUCACCAAAGCCAGCGAGCUGCCGACCGAAGCCAAAACGGACCUGAUCCUCGCGACGCUGGCGCUCAAGUACACGCAAUCGAACAGUGUCGGGUACGCCAAAAACGGGGCCAUCAUCGGUCUCGGCGCCGGCCAGCAGUCGCGCAUCCAUUGCACCCGGCUCGCGGGAGGCAAGGCCGAUUUAUGGUGGCUGCGCCAUCACCCGCGGACUCUUGCGCUGCCGUUCAAGAAGGGCGUCAAGCGUGCCGAAAAGGCGAAUGCCAUCGAUCUGUUUGUGAGCGGAGAGGUCCUGGAGGGCGGGGAGAAGGAGCAGUGGGAGGGCAUGUUUGAGGGUGCCGUGGCUCCGCUAACAGCUGAGGAGCGAGCCGAGUGGGCGGCGAAGCUGGAUGGGGUUGCGUGCUCGAGCGACGCGUUCUUCCCGUUCCCUGACAACGUGCAUCGUGCCCGCAAGAGCGGCGUGAGGUACCUGGCUGCCCCGAGCGGCAGUGUCAUGGACGCCGAGUGCAUCAAAGCGGCUGAUGAGCAUGGCAUCGUCUUUGCUCACACCUCACUCCGUCUAUUCCACCACUGAUCGCGGGCGUGAAAAUGCGUGUAGUAACUAAAUGUAUCGUGUAACAGAAGAUUCGACAGCCGUCGGAAUAUAUCAUAUGAAUAUCUGUGGAACUGGCA